AUGGAGCCGUCACCGCUGACGCAAGACUCAAGACCUGAUAUAUUCCAGCCCAAAAUCAUCAGCCUUUACGAAACCCUUUUCAAGGAAGAUGAGGAAGAUGUCGAGCUAUCCGAGGGUUUCUGGCAGGAGUUCUUUCUCCACCGGCCAGAUACCUCCGGUCUGAAGAAGAUGCUGGCCUCGGUUACUCCCGACGACAUGCUACAUCAACAGGCGCAUUCCCAGCAACUGUUCCGCCAGGCCAUUGUCCGCGUCAAGCAAGCCAAAGCCCCCGCCGACGAAAUCGCCCUCGAGACCUUGACAGUCUUUCUCGAUGCAGCCCUGAGCAAAAAGUACACGAAUCCGAGCUCGGAUAUCAUAUCUGUCCUCUGCGGUCUCAACGAUGCCGACGCUGUCAUGACCGACUUUGUGGCCACGCUCGAUACGGCUAUACGAGGUGGGAGGAGUAUAUCGGUGCGUCUGAGGGCUGUUCGAGCCACCCUAUCCAUAGCCGCCGCUGGCUUCCAGACAGCGCUUCCGUCGUACUUUACACAUCGAGAUCUAUUCCCUUCACUUAUGAAAUACAUUCAAGACUGCGACAACAGUACCGAUGUCCUACCCGCUCUUUACCUCCUCGGUCUUUUGACAAAUUACAACAAGUUCGAAUUCCAAAAUCCGUAUAGACUACGGCUAGAUGAUUUUGUCAACGAUGAAAUCAUACAAGACAUGGUCGCGUGCUUUGGGAAUACCUGUAUAAAGCUACGGGAUGCAUACGUGGCUGUUCAAGACGACAUGCCCGAAGGCUGGACGCUGGGAUCAACAUUGAGCUACAUAGGUUUGGGCGCCCUUGCCCCGACUUCUCGCCCAACUACGCCCCAACCAGCGGCUGAAGAUGCAAAGUCAUUAUUUGCUACUUUACCCGGUCCUGAAAUUGGCCUUCUACUCUCCACGUACGACUUUGCCAAUGCCAAUAAAGUCUUCUGCUUCAACCUGGUCAAAUUUGGAUUAGAAAACAAGAGCCAGCCAACGCCCCUCAGCGCCUAUCUUUCCUUGACUUCUUACAUGUUCCAGCAUGCCCAUCGGUCUACAAGAGCUGCAUUGUACACAUAUCUCAGUCUCUUUGUACUACAAAUACUUGUUGAAGAUCCGAUGCUCGUCAAGCGUCUUUGCAGUGACGAGACGAAGCUUUCGGUGCGCUUAUGUCGCCAGAGACAACCGUAUCUCCCUAUUGUGCGGGGUGAAAGAGUUCCUGCGGCUAUAAUUCUGGAUAUGGUGUCUGAUGGCAUCAGCCAUAACCUACGGAGGCGGUUAGACGUCGACUUUUACACUCUCUGUCUAGGCGUCCUCUUACGACUACUUUCGUAUCUCAGUAGAGCCAAAGUCCGCAUCGCAUACCACUGGUCAGAAAUGUGGCGGACUCUGCUAUCUUUCGUCCGCUUCCUCACUACCUACGAGAGCGAUAUCAAAGCAAACUACAAAGCAAACAGUAUGGUCAACGUCCUCGUCAAUCUCCUCGCCUUUGCUCUUUCCAGCGGCGAAAACUUCCUCCCUGAUCCCGCCUCAUACGACGACCUGUUUUACAAACUCGUCGAGAGCGGCGAUAUCCUGACAAAGUUCCGAGACGCAUAUGGAUUGGCUGGCCAGUCUGAUUCGAUGCAGACACUCAUUAAUGUGUCUUCGCAUUACCAGUCCCUUCUCGAAAGCGACAAGGCAAAGGCGCGAAGCAAACAUUUGAGUCCGCAGGAGGUUAACACUAUCAUCAAACAGGGGUAUGAAACGCUUUCUAUCGAUGCGAGUGAGGGGCUGGAUCGGUGGGAGAAGUUUCGAGAGGCUGAUUACAAGUCGCUACUAAAGAAGAUUGCGAGGGCUGCGGUGGAGGAUGCCAAGGCGUUGAAUGCGGAAGAGAUGAAAUAA